CGUCCAUUAAGAUGAAACAUUCCCUUUUCUUUUGAUGCUGGUCCGAGCACCAUUGUGAAGACCCGAGAGCUGCUACUCGGAUCAUCUCUGCGGAAUGAUUUCCGCGUGAACGAAUUAGGCGGUGCUCUGUUUCAUACUGCAUCUCCAGGCCAGUAGAGCGCUUGAUAGCCGAUGCGUCGGUGCUCGCCAACAGCCGAGAACGCGCUGGUCCCUGAAUAGGCAGGUGCUUGCGGACCCCUGAUAAGAGCAUCUCCACCCGAAAUGUCAUUAUCUCGCCCAGGACCCGAAGCAAUCGCUGCAUAUCAGCCACGCCGACUCGCCGACUUAGCAUUGCUGCUCCCUGUGAUUGGACUGCAUUCCGCUUCCGAGAUGCUGUGCUCCUUGCAGCAGGUAUUAAACCGGGCCUCCCCUACCCCUCAGACACCGCUUAUCUACACUUCCUUCAUUGAUUGCUUUGGACUCUAGUGCUCGCGGGCCCUUGCACCAUGUCACUCACCUGGGAGCUCCAGGCUCAGAAAGCCAAGGACACUCUUCAUAACUCCAUCCCCAAGCAAUGGCUUCUCCCCGCACACAAGUUGCCCUCAGCCGAUACGAAGAAUGUGGAGGAUUUCCCACGUCGAAGCGGCCUGCUCACCGAGAAAGAGCUCAGCAUCACCGACAUGUCUGCCACUUCUCUAGUCCAGGAAAUGGGCGCGGGGAGGCUCACGGCAGAGGAAGUGGUGGUGGCGUUCCUCAAACGAUCCGUACUGGGUCACCAAUUGCUAAACUUUGCCACGGAAUUCCUGGCGGACCGAGCCAUUGCGCGAGCCAAGGAACUCGAUGAGUAUUAUCAACGGACCGGAAAGCUAAUUGGGCCCUUGCAUGGUGUCCCGAUUAGCGUCAAAGAGCAUGUUGGAAUAAAAGGUCUCACAUGUAACGCCGGCUAUGUGGCAUGGGUGGAUGAUAUCUCAACAGAGGACGCCCUCCUUUUGAAAUGCCUGGAGAAGGCGGGCGCCAUCUUCCACGUCCGAACCAACCAACCGCAAUCUCUCAUGCACCUCUGCUGCAGCAAUAACCUUACCGGAACAACGCUCAACCCCUACAACCGCACCCUUAGCUCUGGAGGCUCCUCAGGUGGCGAAGGUGCUUCGACGGGCUUCAAAUGCGCUCCUCUAGGUGUCGGAACAGACAUCGGGGGCUCCAUCCGAGCCCCUGCCGCAUUCUGUGGCUCUUAUGGGUUUCGUCCAACAGCGCUUCGUAACCCAAUAUCAGGUGCCAAAGCACCCGAGCCUGGCCACGAGUCCAUCCGCGGUGUAAUUGGCCCCCUUGCCAGCCAGAGCGUGGAGGAUCUGGAUCUCUUUCAGCGGGCCGUCAUCGACCAAGAGCCAUGGGAUAUCGAGACAUCCCUAGCCCCAGUGCCCUGGAAAAGGGUCAAGCCCACCAGAGACAUGACUGUUGCAAUCAUGUGGGAUGACGGUUACGUCCGCCCUCAUCCCCCGGUGACACGGGCCCUCAAACACGCCAAAGCCAAGCUCCAAGCAGCUGGUCUCAAGGUCAUUGAUUGGGACCCUUAUAAGCAUGAGCACGGUUGGGAUAUUAUCUCCUCGAUGUACUUCCCGGACGGAGCACUCAGCCAACGAAACCUCAUCUCUCAAACCGGAGAGCCAACCCUCCCCUUGACGGCCUGGGCGUUCGCCUAUAGCAGUCCCGACCCUCUCACGGUCGCCGAAGCCUGGGAGCUGAACGUCCAGCGCGACACAUACAGAGACGAAUACCACGCGCUGAUGAAAUCCCGCGGGGUAGAUUUCAUUCUUUGCCCUGCGUACGCGGGCGUCGCCUCCGUGCUAGGCGAAUCCCACUACUGGAACUACACUGCUAUCUGGAACAUCCUCGACCAGCCGGCCGUCGUGUUCCCCUCCGGCCUGAGCGUGGAUCUCCAGUUGGACCAACUUUCCGGCGACGAUAAGACAUAUACACCUCGAGGCGAGGUGGACGCGCGCGAGUGGAGUAAAUACACCGGUCCGGAACGAUACGAAGGUGCACCGAUUGCACUGCAAUUAGUCGGAAAGCAUUUCAAAGACGAGGAGACUCUGGCGGCGGGUGCGUUGGUCAGUGGGAUCCUGAAUGGUGGAACGGAGCAGACUAGGUCGAUGCUCUGAUUGAUCCACCGAGUGUCUACUCUUCAAUCAACAUGAAGCAAAUCCAUAUCAUUGGUCAUAUACAAUCCAUUAUACCCAUCCAUCAAUGCAUCAUCAUGAAACAUAAAUACAUACAUGAGA